CGUGCAAGCUAUUUUUCAUUUCCUUUAACGAUUCUCAUUCUUACACUCUUCAAGCUUCUUCUUUCUUCUUUCUUAAUUAUUUUCUCCAUUUUUCCCGGAAAAUUCUCUCUGCUGUUGUUCUUUCCUGAUAAGCCCGACCAAAUAAUUAUUUGAGUUCCAGGAAGAAGAAGAUGGGAAACCAAACAAGCAAGAAGUCACAUGAGACAUCGUCUAAGACCACAACGACGAGCAUGCACUACACAACGGAGCUGAGAUCAUACGAGGCUGCUUGUAAAGCAGACACGGAGCUACAGUCUUUCGACACGUGUAUGCAGGCACGGACCAGUCACGUGAUAAGCACGCUAGCUACGGGUGUUGAGGUUCGAGCGCUCUCGUUCGAUUCCCUCAAAGAAGUGACCGAGUGUUUGCUUGAGAUGAAUCAAGAAGUUGUGAAAGUGAUACUGGAUUGUAAGAAAGAUAUAUGGAAGAAUAAUGAAUUGUUUGAACUCGUUGAGGACUACUUUGAGAAUAGCUUGAAGACUCUUGACUUCUGUGCUGCUUUGGAGAAAGGUUUGAGAAAGGCACGUGAUAGUCAGCUUUUGAUUCUUGUUGCUCUUCAGCAGUUUGAAGACGAGAGCCUCGUUGAAGGUGGGAAUGGAUACGAGAAGACACUUGAAGAGCUAAAGAGUUUCAAAGAGGCAGAGUCACCUUUCGACGAAGACUUCUUCAAGAUGUUCCAAUCUGUUUACAAGCACCAGAUGCUGAUGCUUGAGAAGCUACAGCAUCGCAAGAACAAGCUUGACAAGAAACUCAAGUCCAUCCACACAUGGAGAAAACUCUCCAGCAUCAUCUUCGUGGCUACAUUCGCCACUGUACUCAUUUGCUCAGUCGUGGCUGCGGCCAUGGCGGCUCCUCCCGUGGCUGCGGCUCUGGCUGCAGCUACAGCUAUACCGCUGGGAUCAAUGGGGAAAUGGGUUGAUUCUCUUUGGAAGAACUAUGAGAAUGCACUCAAAGGACAGAAAGAAGUGAUCAGUUCCAUGCAGGCAGGGACAUUUGUCGCGGUUAAGGAUUUGGAUAACAUCAGGAUUCUGAUUGAACGGCUGGAGAUUGAGAUCAAGGGGAUGGUGAUGUGUGCGGAGUUCGCGGUGGAGCAUGAAGCAGUGAGGAUUGGGAUUGCUGAGAUUAAGAAGAAGCUGGAGGUGUUUAAGAAGUGUGUAGAGGAGUUGGGGGUUCAAGCUGAUUUGUGUAGCAGAGAUAUAAGAAGGGCAAGGACUGUGAUACUGCAGAGGAUCAUUAAGCAUCCCAACCAUGGUAGUAGCAGCACCUGAAAAACACACACAAGCAAACACAAAAGGAACAAUCACUUCUUAUUCUUCAGCUUUGUGCUGCAAAUAAUAAAAUGUUUGAAAACUCUCUAUAAAGAAUAGUACAGAUUCUUUCUUGAGUUUAUUCUCAAUGUUUAAUAACUAAACUGCUGCAUUUCUGUAUUCUUUGAUGAUUGAAAACAAUGAAAUAUAAGUAUUUUUUUUU